UGAUGGCGCCCCCCCUUCGACCAACGUCACUUGCCUUUUUUUUUUUUUUUUUUUUUUUUUUUCUGGGGGGGUUCGAAAUGGGACCCGGGCCCAUCAACGACAGGCCGAUUUUGUACGUGAUCAAGCUCAUUCCGGCUGCCGUUUGCACAUUGGGGGAAAAGAGAAUCACAAGCCAAGGCAGCAAAAGCCAAAGAGAGAGGGGGCCGUGAUAUCAAAAAGCCAAGGUCAAUCCCCAGGUCACAUCACACGGCGACCUAUCCACUGCCAGUGAGCGCACCCCUGCAGGGUCAACACUUUGUGUGCACGUCGAAUCAGUUGGGCUUCACACAUCACUUUUUUUUUGUGAUGAAAAAAGAGUUCAUUUUCACUUACCUUUGAUGAUCAUGCUUCUUGCUUGCGAGCGGUGAGUGGGCCGGGCCGGAGUAGGAGUCUCAUUGGGGGUUGGUUGACCGUCUUUCCUUUCAAGGUGAACAAAUAGUUGAGCAAUUCCCGCAUGUUAUUCAAAGCCUCCUUCUUCUAUAAAAAGCCUUCCCGGACUCCUAACCAGGAGUGCCAGAAAAAAAAAGACUUCAUAUCUCGCAGCCUGGAUGUGGUACUCCCCAAGCCUGAUAUCGGGUCAGACCAAGAAACACUCCUCCCGACCUUUAUCAUCACCACCUUGACAUAAUACAAAACCAUACCAUCCUUCAACAAUGAAGCUUUUCACUAUAAUUAUGGCCACUGCUGCCGCUUUUUCAAGCACCGUGACCGCCGCACCGGUCGAGAGCACAACCAGGUCCGCGGCGGCCUUUGAUGCUUGGUUUGAGGGCUGGUCUGGGAAAUCGUUUACAGGCUACAAGAAGCGCUACGAGGUUCAAUGGGAUGUGUGCCAUGACAUUCGCGCCGACUUCCCACCCGGGACCGGUGACGGCCUGUCCACAAUGAACAUUGGCGACCAAGGAGUGACCGAGUGCACAAUUUACAACAAUCCAAACUGCAACAUAAGGCCCGGUGAGGACAGGGACUGGGGUGACCGUCUCCAAUGCAGCGGCGUGUACACCGACCUCGACGACCCAGAGAUUGGCUGGGGCAACAAGGCCCAGUCCUUCAAGUGCUACCGUGUCCGGUAAAGGCGGGCGAGGACGCGUGAAGGGGAUGGCACGCUUGCAGGGUUGGAUGACAGAAACGCUCUUUUUUUUCUUUUUUUUCUUCUUCUUCUCUCUCUUUCGCUUCAUGCACAGUUCGUGCGCCAAUUAUUUUCCAUUUUUUUCUUUUUCUUGUUACGAUAUACCCCACCCGCAACGCCAUUUGGGAUCUGGUGUGAGCCCAGGAGCAAAAGACCUCCGUCAAGCCUUGGGAAGCUUCGUGACAUCAAUCAUUGCUUUUCAGGCUGCAUGUAUAUAGAGGGGUCAUAGAACAGGCUAGAUGACGACCCGCAUUCCUUCAAAUCAUCUUGACAACAUGCGAGAACAAGCACAC